GGAAGAUGUACUGCAAAAUAAUAGUCCUGGAUGCUAUAGACUAUAGACCUGGAUGCUGAUCAGAAUAUUUAUGACUGAACGCAUACAAAUUGGAAGGAUAGAGAGAAAUAGAGAGGAAAAGCAAGGAACAAGUAAAGUACAGUAAAAAGAUGCCGUUCAAUGGUAAGCUAAUAAAGCUACAAGCUUAAGCAAAAAAGCAAAUUGGAACAGUCCCUAUAAGUAACAAAAUGACUGAAAAUAUUUGCAUGAAUGACUUGUCCAGAGACAAAGAAGAUGCUAUCGCAAAACUCAUUGAUAUUGACACGGAUAAAACAGAUACAUGCGAUCUUAAAACCAAAGAUUUGAUUAAUGGUGCAACAAGCGCCAAGAUGGAUAUCGAAACAGAAAUGGAAAUCUGCAACAGUACAAAUGAUUUAGAAACAACAUUUUCACCGAACACGACACACCUGAUCGCUGAGGAGCCUGAUGUGUCCAAUGUUCACAGACAGCUUGUGGUAGCCACAUCUUCUAAAAACAUUGAAACUUCAAGCACAGGGCGACCACAUGAAUUAACACCAGAGGAUGUCAGACAACAUUUCAUCGAACAAGCCGUAAGAGUGUUGGCAAUUAUACAAAUCCUAGAAGGUGUUGCCAUAUUAGGACUUGCAUUGACUUUCGCGAUUUACGCAGCAGUGAUGGAACUAUAUGUCACAAUCCUCCCAGCAGUUAUCUUUAUCUUUAGUGGCAUAGUUGGAAUAAAGACAAUUAAAUACAAGAAUGGGCGACUAAUAAAGACAUGUCUGGGCUUGUCUAUUACACUCGCAGUCAUAUGUUUCAUUCUUGUCAUUGUAUUCACGAUUUUAACUGAUGGAAUAUAUGUGUUUAUCCCCGUCAUCAGUUUUCUAACUGCCGCAGUUUCAGCUGCUCUCUCCAGUGCCCUCUAUAAACGUUACACAGAGAACUAAGACAACAACCUGGUUGCAAUUACAAAGAGUACUGGAGCUGACACCUAUUGCCGACAGUGGACACCAGUCACAAAUAUUAGUGUUGAUGAAUUGUGAAGGAAUUGUGAUUGAAAAUGGAUCAGUAAAAACCAAGACAUAUGGAAUGUAAUCUUCCAUAUUUUUCAGAUAUGCUGCACAAUGUACAGAUACUUAAAACACCAUAUUGAUAUAUUGAAUUAUCCAGUGAGCUUAAAUGUAUCCACAGUUGCAAACAACCCUGCACAGCAAAUAUUAAGGCUACUAUCCCACACUCAAUGGUUAGAUCCUCAAAUCCUUUCACAUUUGGCAAAACAGAAAAACACAAUUCAACUGGAAUCUGUUAAAAUUUGAAGUUGAACAGGUAAGCGGUUUUCCUGGAAUUUUGUGCAAUAAAAAGCAUGCACUAGCACGUUAGACGUGAAAGAAGAUUAAUAGCUAUUAAUAGCCAUUUGCACAGACUAUAAUAACUUUAAGAACAAAAUUUCUGAGCAGCUUAGAGGCAUGGAAUUUGUUUAUUACUCAAUUAAUAUGCAACACAAGUAAUGGGGUGAUGAAUAGAAUUCAUAAACAACAGGCUCAUUUUCUAUGUAAGAUGUAUGAUGCAUUAGCAAGGGUUGUGACAAAAAUGAAUUAAGUAUAUAGAGAAAUUAAUGGGUUAAAAUGCGCUACAGGAGUUCACAGACAGUAUGCUUAUAAAAUACCCAUGUCACAUUGGUAAAUGCAUCCCAUUAAGUGCAUAAAUUAUUUCCAAUGUGAUUGCUUUGGGGCCACAAAUUAUUAAACCGAGCGAUAAUUCCCUGAAGUGCAUUUAAAUCCAUUAAUCAUUAACAGGUAAAUUUUCCAGUUAUUUUUUACUUACUUAUUUUUUCAAUGGGAUUUUCAAUACCAAGAUUGCAAUAAAUAAUAGUCAAACCUAUCUAAUGCUAACGUCAUUGGGACCAAAUAAAGGAGUUCAGAUUACGUGUUCACAUUUCCAUUUCUGCAUUCGCAAUAUUCUGGAUUUUGAAGAAAUGUGAACACAUUUUCAAUAAAUA